GCAACGGGAGCUCACCCUGUUGUGGGGAUUCGAACCACCGACUUUCUGAUCAGCAAGCCCUAGGCUCUGUAGUUCAACCCACAGCGCCACCCAUGUCCCUUAAGCAGUCUUACUUCCCUAUUAAUCCCUUUAUCAUCAGGUGGGCCUCUCCCCCAUUCAGUUAAACCCCUCCCCUUGAUUUGCCACUGUGGUGGCUAGACCUCAGAUUGCUGCCUUUUCCUUCCUCUCAAGCUGUGCCCUAAGUCACCAUGGUGAAAUUUGCCCACAGCCUAAUUCUUGUUUCUCUCCCCCCCCCCAACUCCUUCUUUGCCUUUGCUUCCUCCCUCCCUGGAACCCCUUCUAAAUAUGCCACAUCUUUAUCCUCUGGGUGGUUAAUCUUCUUCUCCAGUGAGGAGACUUCCCCAAGCAAGCUAUCUCGUAAAACAAGCAGUUAGUGCUCUGCAUACUAAUGACCCUUUUCCAUAUGAACUGAUUUUUUAAAACAUCCUGAACAGAAAAUCCACACUGCAGAAGUCUCACCUCUAGAUCUAAGGAAUCAAAGAGAAUCAUGCAGUGGUACCUUGGUUCUAGAACUUAAUCUGUUCCGGGAGUCAGUUCGACUCCCGCAACCGUUUAAAAACCAAGGUGCAGCUUCAAGUGAAAGCUGCGUCAGACAUUCGGCUUCUGAAAAACGUUCGCAAACUGAAUCACUCACUUCUGGGUUUGCAGCGUUCAGGAGCCGAUUUGUUCAGCAACUAAGCUGUUUGGGAACCAAGGUGUGCUUGUAUAUUGGGGAUUUAAAAGCAACGUAUGGUUUUACAGUACUGGUAAUGUUGCCGAUAACAGAGAGCUGCCAAGCAAGCAGUAAUUAAGUAGCAGCAGCUCUCUUAAUUGAACUACACGACCCAGCUGCCCAGCAAAUUGGCUGUAUGCGUAAUUUAGGCUUCUAUCAUUUUUAAAAUAAUGUCAGGCACACAAAAGUAGACAGAAUGUACCUUUGCGCAAUGAGCUAGGAAAAAGGGUACCAGAACUCACCAUGAAGUUUUUACAGCAAGCUUUCUUCUUCUUUGGCAAUCACUCAUAGCCGAGUAAGAUUGUCUUCCAUAAACACGAUUUUAACAAUGGGUCCGUAGGUGACUGUGGAGGCCAAUUCUGGAUCUACACAUCCUUUCACAGUGGGGACAUUGGUUUCCAGGUGGGAGUUGAUUUGUGCAGCGCGUGCAUGCGCAGAAGUGCUCUAUCGGCGCUUCGCACAUGCACAGAAGCGUGCCUCGGGGAGCGACAAACUCGGGGAGCAACUAGCUCCCCGGAACCAAUUGUGGUAGUAAACAGAGGUAUGACUGUAUUUACAGAACACCACAUCAGGAGGGGGGAAAUAGAAAGAACGAGAAAGUGAAACCCAGGCUCCUCCUGGCCCUACUUUUAUAGUCAGAAUGACCUUGACAAAAGAGAUAAGAGAACCAAUUUAAACCAGCUGUACUCAGCUUCUCUGAAGGAAUAACCCAAACAUCAUGAACCUUUUGCUUGUUUAUUUCAUAUAUAGAAGCUUCCAGAACCCUCUUGAAUUAAUUAGAAUAGGAAACAUCUCUACACAUCAGAUCAAUACUUUCUGCACUAAGAAAUGCAAACUAUCAGUCUUUGGUGUCAUAAGUGUGUCAUAGAAUUGUAGGGUUGUAAGGGACCACAAGAGUCAUCUAGUCCAGCCCCCUGAAAUGUAGGAAUCUUUUAAGCCAGAAUGAGGCACUAACCCACAACCCUGAGAUUAAGAGUCUUAUGUUCUACCAACUGAGCUGUCCCACACAAAGUAAAGUUUGAUCAGCAGGUUGCACACGGAGGACGAUUCUGGCAGUUGCUCUCUUAAUAUUGAAGACAGGCAUUUUAGCCGGUUUGGGCUUGGAGAGUCAUAAUGUGCUAUUUUGACUCUUGUGAAGAGAGGGUGGAAGGGGCUGGAUCUACUUUUGUCUAAUUUGCUUUGACCUGGGUGCAGCUUGCUGCUGCCUUUUAAAGGGCAACGGUCAAGUUGCAGCCAGACCCAAUUUCAAACCUAAUUUUUGGAUGGACUCAAACCUAAUUUUCAGCUAGAAACUGUAUUUGUAGCCAAGGGUCUAACCUAAGGCGGCUCUACCAUUAGACAGAUUGAGGCAGCUAGCCCCGGGCUGCUGAUUUUGAGUGUCGUUAAAAAACAAAACCCUAGCAACUUAUGAGUUAAUUUAACAUUACUGCAUUUUUGCUCCUGGAGAGAGGUGCUUGUGCGGUCUUCUGCUUCGGGUGGCAGAAUAAUGUGGUCAGCCUUGAGAAUGGUGUAGCUCGAUGGGAGGAUGGUGGCCCCAUUUUACUCUUUUGACUGUAGCCCUGGAUCUAACCCUUCAUUAGUUCAUUUCUGUUGGGAUGGAUGCACCUGUGGAAUGCCUGUGUCAGCUUCAUCAUUGCUGUGCUGUGUCCCAUAGGGAUCUGUGUUCUCUCCAGUACUAGUUAACAUUUAUAUGAAACAGUCAGUCGACAUGAUCUACAGCACUGGAGCACCUUAGCAAAACAUCCAGGACAAGUGUAGCUGCCUGUCUUACAUCACUUCUCCAGGGGUCGAAUGGGUGAAGGCCAACACACAGAAGCCCUGCGGCCGCAAUUGUACUGUUGACUGUUUUACAGGAGUUUUUACGAUGGGUUUUAAAAAAAAUGGGUUGAUGGUGUGUUUGGUUUUCCUAAGGGUUGCUGCUUAAGAGUACCAUAUUACAUUUCACUGUGAGUUAUUGGAAGCCACUUCAAAGUUUUGCAACAAGGUAGAAUAUAAAUUUGCAAAAUCAAUAAGGACUUCACAUAAAAAGCUGCCCGCAAUAUUUGCAAAGGGGGAAGGGCCUGGUGGUUUCAUGAGAGAAGGUGCUCCAGGGUAUCCUUUUUAAUUAAGUUCGGUUCUGUGGUUACAUGGCAUCACUUUAUGUAUCUGAGUGUUAAGGGAUACCUGGUAUUUAAGCCAUAGAUUUCAGUGGUGUGCUGCCAACUGACUAGGAGGACUAGGCUGGUCCACUAAAUGUUCCUGGUAAAUUGGAGUAUUAGAGUAUUAUAGCCUGGUGCCUCCUUCCCAAAGUUGGGGGAAGCUUCUGCCUGGCUUAGGGAGGGAGCCCGACAGGGUCCAAAAGCCCCACCACCACCUUUCUAAAACCUAUCAGAGGUGCUGACUUGUGCCCAUGAUUGAGGGUGCCCAGAGUGCACUGCAUGUGUGUGAUGUCAUGUGUGAUGUCAUGUGUAUGAUGUCACAUCGUCGGGAGGAGGCCACACGCCUCCUCAACAUUGAGAGGGCCUGGCCCCCUCCUCACAGUUAUUAAGGGGAUGGGAGACGCCCUAUAGAGUUGGCACCAGGGUUGCCUGCCAUUUGCGGCAAAGGUAAAUUGUAUCCCUAUCUUUCCCUGCAAUAUGAAGUGAGGCUGCAGCACCAGAGAGAUCCCUGGAAAUACGCUGCCACUGCUCAUUCAUGUUUUGAGAUAAUAGGGCAUGAAAUGCCAAGGAUUGCUAAUUUAAUAAAUGCAAUGGAAUUGUUUUGUUUUGGCCCUAUUCCUCACCACACCUCCAAGUUGGGCUGGUUUUAAAUCACGGUCUACCUCGUUGUCAGAAGAUCAUUAAACAAACAAACAUUAUAUCAAACUCCCUUGCUGCUAUUUCCUAAAUAUAAGUGCAUGUUGCUUAAUUUAAAGAGUAGACUAAAGGUAAAGGUAAAGGGACCCCUGACCAUUAGGUCCAGUCGUGACCGACUCUGGGGUUGCACGCUCAUCUCGCAUUAUUGGCCGAGGGAGCCGGCGUAUAGCUUCCAGGUCAUGUGGCCAGCAUGACAAAGCCGCUUCUGGCAAACCAGAGCAGCACAUGGAAACGCCAUUUACCUUCCCGCUGUAGAGGUUCCUAUUUAUCUACUUGCAUUUUGACGUGCUUUCGAACUGCUAGGUUGGCAGGAGCUGGGACCGAGCAACGGGAGCUCACCCCGUCACAGGGAUUCAAACCGCCGACCUUCUGAUCAGCAAGCCCUAGGCUCAGUGGUUUAACCACAGCACCACCUGGGUCCCUUAAAGAGUAGACUAGGACAAGCUGAUUCUCAUCAAGUGGGAAGACAACAGGCAGGAAAGAAAAGUAUCCCUGUCCACUCAAACAUACCUGUUGGAUAAGUGCUACUUGGGUGGCAGUUCUACAUAAUGGCAAAGCCAUACGAAUUUAACUGGCAGAAGCCAGUUCCAUCCUUUCUACAAGAUGGAGCCGUGUUUGACAGAUAUGAAGAGGAGUCUUUUGUCUUUGAACCAAACUGUCUCUUUAAAGUGGAUGAAUUUGGCUUCUUUAUCACAUGGAAAAGUGAAGGAAAGGAAGGGCAAGUUUUGGAAUGCUCUCUGAUCAAUAGUAUUCGCUUUGCAGCAGUGCCAAAGGAUCCAAAAAUAUUAGCUGCUCUCGAGGCUGUUGGCAAGACAGAAAACGAACUUGAAGGGAAAAUAGUUUGUGUCUGUAGUGGCACAGAUCUGGUGAACAUCAGCUUCACAUAUAUGGUAGCAGAAAGCACGGAAGAUGCUAAGCAAUGGGUUGAUGGACUCAGAUCAAUCAUAUGUAACUUUCGAGCUAACAAUGUCUGCCCCAUGACAUGCCUCAAGAAACACUGGAUGAAACUGGCAUUUCUGACAAACGCGAAUGGCAAGAUACCAGUUAGAAGCAUUACCAGAACUUUUGCAUCAGGUAAAACUGAAAAAGUGAUCUUUCAAGCACUUAAGGAAUUGGGUCUUCCCAGUGGAAAGAAUGAUGAAAUCGAACCUUCAUCCUUUACUUAUGAGAAAUUUUAUGAACUGACUCAGAAGAUAUGUCCUCGAACUGAUAUAGAGGAUCUUUUUAGGAAAAUCAAUGGAGACAAAACUGAUUAUUUAACGGUAGACCAAUUAGUGAGCUUUCUAAAUGAACAUCAACGAGAUCCUCGGCUGAAUGAAAUUUUAUUUCCGUUCUAUGAUCCCAAACGAGCAAUGCAGAUAAUUGAGACAUAUGAGCCAGAUGAUGAUUUAAAAAGCAAGGGUCUCAUGUCAAGUGAUGGGUUUUGCCGGUACUUGAUGUCCGACGAGAAUGCCCCUGUCUUCCUGGACCGUUUGGAGCUAUACCAAGAAAUGGAACAACCCUUGGCUCACUACUUCAUUAGCUCCUCCCACAACACGUAUCUCACUGGAAGACAGUUUGGUGGGAAGUCAUCUGUGGAGAUGUAUAGACAAGUCCUCUUAGCCGGAUGCAGAUGUGUUGAACUCGAUUGCUGGGAUGGCAAAGGUGAAGACCAGGAACCGAUAAUAACUCACGGAAAGGCAAUGUGUACAGACAUUCUUUUCAAGGAUGUGAUUCAAGCCAUUAAGGAAACAGCAUUUGUAACAUCUGAUUAUCCUGUCAUCCUGUCCUUUGAAAAUCACUGCAGCAAAUAUCAACAAUACAAAAUGUCAAAAUACUGUGAAGAUCUGUUUGGAGACCUUCUAUUAAAGCAGCCACUCGAAACUCAUCCACUCGAACCAGGAAGACCCCUGCCUUCCCCAAAUGAUCUCAAAAGAAAAAUCCUGAUUAAAAACAAAAGGUUGAAAACUGAAGUGGAAAAAAAACAGCUUGAAACUUUGAAAAGUAUGAUGGAAGCUGGUGAAACGGCUGCUCCUGUUAGCAUCUUGGAAGAUGAUAAUGAAGAAGAGAUAGAAAGCGCUGACCAGGAAGAAGAAGCCCAUCCAGAAUACAAAUUUGGAAGUGAGCUGUCUGCCGACGACUUGAGCCAAAAAGAAUCCGUGGCCAACAAUGUGAAAAAGGCUGUGGACGAUUCUGAACAAGAAAACAAUAAAAAGGGUGUCAUAACUGCAGAAGAUGAGCAAGCAUGGAUGGCUUCUUACAAAUAUGUAGGUGCCACAACGAAUAUACACCCAUACUUGUCAACGUUGAUCAACUACGCUCAGCCUGUUAAGUUUCAAGGUUUCCAUGUAGCAGAAGAACGCAACGUUCACUACAAUAUGUCCUCUUUUAAUGAGUCUGUCGGGCUGGGUUAUUUGAAAACACACGCAAUUGAAUUUGUGAACUAUAAUAAACGGCAAAUGAGUCGGAUUUACCCGAAGGGAGGAAGAGUGGAUUCUAGCAAUUACAUGCCUCAAAUCUUCUGGAACGCUGGAUGCCAGAUGGUCUCGCUCAACUAUCAGACCCCAGAUUUAGCAAUGCAGUUGAAUCAGGGGAAAUUUGAAUAUAAUGGGUCGUGCGGGUUUCUUCUUAAACCAGAUUUUAUGCGGCGGCCAGACCGAACCUUUGACCCUUUCUCUGAAACGCCUGUCGAUGGUGUGAUUGCAGCGACUUGUUCAGUGCAGGUAAUAUCUGGCCAGUUUCUAUCAGACAAAAAAAUUGGGACUUACGUAGAAGUGGAUAUGUAUGGCCUGCCCACCGAUACAAUACGUAAAGAAUUUCGAACACGGAUGGUGAUGAACAAUGGAUUGAAUCCAGUUUACAAUGAAGAGUCAUUUGUAUUCCGAAAGGUCAUUCUGCCAGACCUUGCGGUCUUGAGGAUAGCUGUUUAUGAUGACAACAACAAACUGAUUGGCCAAAGGAUCCUGCCUCUGGAUGGUCUUCAGGCAGGUUACAGACACAUUUCUCUUCGAAACGAAGGCAAUAAACCAUUAUCUCUGCCAACCGUCUUCUGCAACAUUGUACUCAAAACUUAUGUGCCUGAUGGCUUUGGAGACAUCGUCGAUGCCUUGUCAGAUCCAAAGAAAUUUUUAUCCGUCAUGGAGAAAAGAGCAGACCAGAUGAGAGCUAUGGGAAUUGAAACAAGUGAUAUAGCUGAUGUUCCCAACGAUACCUCGAAGAACGACAAGAAAGGCAAAGCUAAUAACCCCAAAGCAAAUGUCACUCCUCAGACUAGUUCCGAACUUAGACCAAAUACCACUUCUGGGGUAGGGCCUGGAAUGGAAACUAGGAAAGGUAUAGACCUUAUUCCUCAAAUAAAGAUAGAGGACUUGAAGCAAAUGAAGGCAUACAUAAAGCAUUUGAAAAAACAGCAGAAAGAGCUCAAUGCUUUGAAGAAGAGACAUGCAAAGGAACACUGUGUCAUGCAGAAGUUACAUUGCACACAAGUUGACAAAAUAGUAGCACAUUAUGACAAAGAAAAGUUAGCUUAUGAGAAAAUCCUCGAUAAAGCCAUCAAGAAAAAGGGAGGAAAUAAUUGCCUUGAGGUGAAGAAAGAAAUAGAAGAUAAAAUUCAGAUACUAACAUCAGAUCACAAAUCUAAGGUAAAAGAAAUUGUGGCACAGCACACAAAAGAGUGGUCCGAGAUGAUCAACACCCACAGUGCCGAAGAGCAAGAGAUGCGUGAUUUUCACCUGAGCCAGCAGUGCGAGUUACUAAAGAAGCUGCUAAUUAAUGCUCAUGAGCAGCAGACCCAGCAAUUGAAGCUUUCACACGACAGGGAAAGCAAAGAAAUGCGUGCCAACCAAGCAAAAAUUUCCAUGGAAAAUAGUAAAGCCAUAAGCCAAGAUAAAUCUAUCAAAAACAAAGCGGAAAGAGAGAGGCGUGUCAGGGAACUGAACAGUAGCAACACAAAGAAGUUUCUGGAGGAGAGAAAGCGACUGGCAAUGAAGCAAUCAAAGGAAAUGGACCAGCUGAAGAAAGUUCAACUUGAGCAUCUAGAAAUUCUGGAGAAACAAAAUGAGCAGCUUUUGAAAUCCUGCCAUGCAGUCUCUCAAACUCAAGGCGAAGGAGAUGCAGCAGAUGGUGAAGCUAGAAGCAGAGAUGGACCGCAGGCCAGCAACAGUGGUAUAAUGCUCCAACACACAAACUGAAGUCUGAAAACCCCGUAUGUUUAGUAUUUGCAAAGCCAACUCACUAAAUAUUGGAAGGCGGUGUCUCUUCUACUUAGUGUCAAUCAAGCGUAGCUGGAAAUCACUGAUGAAGAACUUAGAAUUUUUGUAACAUUUGGAGUACUGUAUUUUAUUUUUAGCAAUCAACGAUGCUUCUAAAAAAGAGAGAUGAUGUUUAAAUUCUGUCCAGUUCAGAAGAAAAAUGCUCCCCUUUGAACAAGGGUGUGUGUGUGUGUGUGUGUGUGUGUGUGUGUGUGUCAGUCAGGGCUACAGGAGCAGACCAGUCUAAUACAGCAAAACAUUAUUAUUUCAUAAUAAUUUGCACUUGUCUAUUAUUAACCUAUAUUGAUAUUUUAUAUCACAUUUUGCCUGGGCUUCUUUUGCUUUUGAGAAAGCCAGGAGUUCCCAGGACCUCAUAGCAUCCUGACUCAAGAGCCUCAAGAGAUUCCCCCCCCCCCCCCGGAGUAAAUUGCAAUAAAUUUGACAUCAUAGCUUAAAACUGUCUGUUAAGUUUUUCUUUUUACUGUAGGGACAAACUAGAACUACCAGAUUUAAUGAUGGUGCAAAUUAAAAUUAAGAAACCACCCUCUCUAAAGUUAGUAGAGAAGGUAAACAUUCAGUAUAUAAUCUGUCCAGUUUCUUGUUCCUGUAUUCAGAAUUACGUCAUCAAGAAGUGCUGUAUCAGGUUGGUCUGUAUCUGGUUGAAGCUACUAUUUUGUACAAUGCUGCUGAAAGGAUUGCCAAGUGGCAAAAAGAAACCAGCCUUUGUGCCAAAUCUACUUAUUAUGAUGAAAAGUAAAGAACCUGUAUCGUAGGCACUUUAACAAACGUUUACAUCCAACUUAACAGUUGCAUAUUGAUCCAUUUGUUACCAGUCCCCCCAAUACUACAGCUCAUUCUAUCUUACGGUUUGUUAAAUAGCUGUUUUUUUUGGGGGGGGGGGGGUAGGGAGAAUUUGUAACUGUGAAAAUGUAAAGUAUUUAUACACAUGCAAUCACACUAUGGUAGAAGAUCACGUUCCUGUUUUGACAUUGUCGGCAGUAGUAAACAAAAAAACCUGUGUGCAUGUGGUAGAGACACCAAUUUUUUUCAGUGACUAUUGUAUGACCGCCCAGUUAUUCUCUUACUGGUAAACAAAUACAGAGUCUGUGUAUGAUUAUGAGACAGAAUAUUUGACUAACUAAUGAAACAUAGGGGUAUAUAUAUAUAUAAAUAUAUGUGUAUAUGAAUUAUGUGGGCAUUCUUAAUACUUCAAGUUCUAGUUGAAAAAAAGAAAGUAUAUUAAUUUAAUUUUACACAAUAUAUUUAUGCAGAUUUUCAGACUUUCAUAUCAGGAAUAACCCUUUUUAUGUCUGUUAUAUAUAUAUAUAUAUCUCCAAACAAUUUGCUAUAGUAUUAACGUGCAUGUUCUCAAAGCCCGCUGUAGUUACAACGCAGAACAAUGCAUGCCAGCCUUCUGCUUGGAAUUGUCAACAUAAGAGACUGUGGGAAGCUGGUAGUUUAGAACAAAUCAGACAACUGAUUUCAGUAACGCUGAGUACCAAUCAUGUUGUUGUAUAUGCUUGUACAAACUGAUUCUAUGUAUUCCUUUAAAAAUGACAUAAUGAUGUAACUGUCCCGAGAUAACAACUUUCAGGUUCUCUAAUAAAAUUUUGAAAAAUACUAAUGGAGUCUCUGGUAGCAUGAAUCAAAUCAUUUUUAUGUUCACAGACUACCUAGGGCAGUGGUUCC